UAGAUAAAGAUAAUUCUUUAUGUUACCUCGACCAGUCAAAAUGACGAUUGAUUUUUAGUGUACACGAAGCUUUUAACCUUAAGGCAUUUAUGUCUAAUCCAAAACUAUAUCAGUUUCUUGACUUAGAAUUAGUUUUGUAGAACAAUAAAAAUACUCGUAUUACGUUACAGAAAUUAAAAAUACAAAUAAUUGAAGAAAUGUAUGCGAUAAAAAAUAAAUUAUUACUUAUCAACACUAUUGUACUUGUUAUAAUAAGUAUUAAUGCUAAAAAAGUGCCAUUAUUAGAAUUGUCCGUUGGUGACAUCAUUAAUAUAGAUUAUUUAAAGGAAUGGUCAAUUGAAACUGUCGGGAAUAUAUUUGAUGGUUAUAAUGCAACAAAAUUUACUAAGACUGAAGAUUUCGUAGAUUCUCAUCACAUUAGCUUCAAAAAAAAAUGUUGUUUAUCUCUGAAAUCUUUAGCAUACUAUGACUACCCGGAAAUCAGUAUUGAUGAUACUGAAUCUGAUCCAACAAGAAUACUUUACAGCACAGACAGGCAAAAAUAUAACUACUUUGGCAUUAGCCAAGAUUAUGUCGACAGUAAGUAUUUAUAUGGUAUCGUUAAAUUAUGUAAGAUCGUCGAAACCCGAAAUUUAAAAAUUCAAGUGAUUGAUGAGAGUGAUUUUCCAAUUGUUAAUCGUCACCAAAAUUACAAACUACUGCUCGACGAAUCAGCCAUUUUACGAUUAAAAGGAAAUAAUGAAACGCAUUUCGUGUCAUCCAUCACUACUGGAGACUGUCUAUUCCAAGUUUAUGUUAACAGAGCAGACAUAUGUAAUUCAACAGAUCAAGGCCGGAAUAAAAAAAAUUUUGACAAUAAUUUUUUCGAGUCUUCUUUGUAUAAAAGCAGCGUUGUAAUUGCCAGUCACAUGCAUGAUCGUCAAAAUAUGGUCAAUGAAUACUUGAAUAAAUCUGGAAAAUCACUUUAUAAUUUACAAGAUGGUCAAGAAAUACCGUAUAACAAUAUUAUGAAUCUUCUCGAUAAAUGUGUUGUGGUUAAUUUUAAAUUACAUUCAUUACCUGACUUAUCUAAACUAUCAGAUAGAAAAAUACAGGAAUCGACAGUACACACAACUUCGCUAGAAUGUUUGGUACCAGGCGACAUAAUAAAUGCCGAUAAGUUAAAAAAUAUUGAUUCAUCUAUGACGAUAAGUAACAUCUUAGUCGACGUAUCCGAUGGAACAACUAAACCAUUUGUUACGUUUAAUUACACCGAUUGUUAUGAAUAUAACGAUAACGAUCCAGUCACCCUUGAUUUUGUUACUUAUAAAUCGUACCUUCAUUAUCCAACAGAAUCUUUUUAUAAGUUCAACGUUUUCGACGAAAUAGUUAAGCGCAAACAUUACGGAGUUCAUCGUAAAUAUUUAAAUAAAAAGUACAAGUGUUUGAAGAUUACUAUCUGCUCUGAAUUCAAAAGACGAAAAUUGAUUAUUCCGUCUGUGCGUGUAAUUAAUUUGGGCCAACAGACCAAUAAUAGUUCAAUUAUUUUCAACAGUGAGAAUCUCGUCCUACGCUAUACGGAUAACAAUGAAACACACUAUGUUGCUCGUACAGAAACAGGAAAUUGCUUGUUCCAGUCAUUAAUAUUUCCAAAUGACGACGACAUCCCUGAUGACAAAAAAAUAACUUCGCCACUUCUAUACAUGGGUAAAAUAAUAUCAGCAAAUAACAAUCAUGAUCUUGAAAAAUGGGCAGAAAGUUUUGUCAAUAAUCUGACAAUAACUUCUCACAAAACUCUUCACGCUGUAGGAAGUAACCCUAUAACCAGAGCAUCUUUCUUUUCAGAACUUUCUCUUCGUAACGAUGACAAUACUCUUACAAAUAUUUAUUUAGAUAAAUUGUAUUGAAAGUCUCGAGUUCAACAAUAAAAG